AUGGUUGGUAAGGAAAAAGCCCAUCCUGAUCUAGCCCAUGAAAAAUGCCAAAAAAUAAUUGAAGAACUAAAAAGUCAAUCCCCCAAAAUUGAAUUAAAAGAUAACAUUCGUCAGCAUCUUGCAACAAGUUCGCUAUGCCCUACAGGCACGAGCAGCACUAAUAGUGUUUAUUUUGCCUGCAGUAAACUCGUGCAAGCAAUAUCGUGUGAAGGUGGCAACUAUUUGUGUGCUGGCAUUGUGGGAGAUAAUCAAAUUACUAGUAGUACUACUUUAGGAGCUUGUUCUUCUUACAGUCUUAGUAUGUUUUGCGGUUGGGACAACGCCACUAUUAAUUCAACAACUUCCAUCAUUGCUAGUAGUAGUUUUACUUUAACUUCUCCUACUAGCAUCUCCAAUGCCACACCUAUUUCAUCCUCGACUACUUCUGUUGAUUCUUCGGAUGACUAUAACUUAACACAAAAAAUUGCUAUCCCUAUUGGCACCGUAGUUGGAGUAACCGUUGUCGGCGGAACAGUUUAUUUAAUUUCUCGCAAAAGAAAAAAUAAUAAUUCUUCUACUCAAGAACAAAACAACAGCAAGAAUAUUGCUAAUCGAACUCCUGAACAAGAGCAGGAAUUACAAGACAAAAAAAAGGAAUUAGAAAAGUUGGAAAAAGAAACUAAAUCCUCUUCUUCGGCCUUCUGA